AACGUACCCACUUUCUCAGUGCUGCCGAAACUGUACUUUGAAACGAAACGCCCGACGGCCUUCUGUUCUCUUUCCCCGACUCGCACUGUGAAAAGUCGAUUUUACCCUGAUAAAAAACAAGAUGGAGCCUUUUCGUCUCCUCCUGAAGACCACGGCUCACCCGCAGAGGAAUGUUUAUGUAAAAAGAAUGGGGAACGGAUGCCAUGGUGUACGGCUAUGAAGCUAAUAAAUCGAAUUUCACAAUCACAAACCCAUUGUAUGCAACUGGAGCUAUAAACAUCAGAGAGAGAGAGAAAGAAUUCCGAGUAAAAUCGAAAGCUGGGUUUGAUUUUGAUAAGGGAUAUUAAGAGGGAUUUUAGGGCCCUUGGUUUACAGCUGUGAAGCUAAUAAAUCGAAUACAAAAUCGAAAAUCCAUUGUAUGCAACUUGAGAGAGAGUUCAGAUCUGGCGAAACCAAAUUCUAUUUGGGAAAGUUCGUUACUGCUAUGCCCAGAAAUGCUAUGCAGUUGUUGAUUGGUUAAAUCGGCGAAACCACCUUCGUAUUCCUUUCGUUCUUGAACGGUAAAAAUGGUUUAGAGCAGAGAAAAUUAGAAAGGAAAUUUGUGAUUACCCCCUCUGCCUCCAACGACCAGAAUUGCUAAGCCGCUGUUGAAGAAGAAAGAAGAAGAACCACUGGGUCAGAAAUGCUAUGCUAUGCCCAGAAACGCUUGUGACUUCUGUUUGUUUGUUUGUUUUUUUUUUUUUUUAAUUAUUAAGAAAAGGCUCCACGUCGCCUCCACCUUAGGGUGUGCGGGGUGUGCAAAAUAUUAGGAUUCUUUCUAGCAGGACUCCUUUCUUACCUAAUGCUCAGGACAUGUUGGAAAUGUUGUUCAGAAAACCGUGGAAGCUGGACAAUGACAGUAAUGUGGGCUUCUCUAGGCUAUGGAGACGGUAUAUAUCAAUGCCAGGCAGAGCUGUAGUAGAUAUGGCUGCAAAAGAUGGGGAAUUGAGGGUCUUCAUAGUUGCUGGAGAGGUUUCAGGGGAUUCCAUUGGUUCUCGUCUCAUGGCGUCUUUAAAGAAGCACUGUUUGGUUCCUACCCGUUUCUCGGGUGUUGGAGGAUCCAUGAUGACCAGGCAAGGAUUAAACUCUCUGUUUCCUAUGGAGCAUAUUUCAGUGAUGGGGAUAUGGGAGUUGUUGCCGCAUUUGAAUAAAUUCAGAUUGAAGCUGAAGGAAACAGUAGAGGCCGCUUUUCUUUUCCAGCCCCAUGUUGUUGUAACAGUGGAUUCCAAGGGGUUCUCAUUUCGUCUCCUGAAGCAGUUACGGGCUAAUUACAGUCAGAGAGGAUUGGUUAGUCCAGUACACUUCCAUUAUGUAGCACCAUCAUUCUGGGCAUGGAGAGGGGGUGAAGCAAGGCUCAAAGGCCUAGCUGAAUUUGUGGAUCAAGUAUUCUGCAUACUUCCAAAUGAGGAGGAAGUUUGCAAAUCAAAUGGCUUGGAUGCAACCUUUGUUGGCCACCCCAUUCUGGAGGAUAUUGUUUAUCCGAAUUCGGGAAAGGACGUCUCACCAUGUGAGUGGAAGGUAGAUGGAGAUUGUGAAGAUUUUCGAAGUAAAAAUGCAAUACCUGCCGGGGCCACAGUCAUUAGUUUGCUUCCUGGAAGCAGAUUGCAAGAGGUCACGCGAAUGCUUCCCAUCUUUGCAAACACUAUGGAAUUAUUAAAGGAAUCAUUUCCUGAGUUGAUGUCAGUCAUCCAUGUUGCUCCGAAUCAGCAUGUAGAGAAGUACAUCACGGAAGUCGUUCAUAAGUGGCCUGUGCCUGUUUUGUUGCUUCCAGGAGGAUCACCAAAGCUCAAAUAUGAUGCAUUCAGUGCGAGUAGGGUUGCGUUAUGCACUUCUGGUACAGUUGCUUUGGAGUUGCAGCUUGCGCGGUUGCCAUGUAUUGUUGCUUAUCGAGCCCAUUUCCUAACUGAAUGGUUCAUUCGUUAUAAAGCGAAGAUAUCAUAUAUUUCGCUUCCCAAUAUUCUAUUGGACUCGGCUGUUAUUCCCGAAGCUCUCUUUGAAGCAUGCACACCUACAAAGCUUACCCCACUGCUCAUGGAAUUGAUACACGAUAGAUGCCUCCGAGAAGAACAGAUCAUUGCUGCUGAAAAGAUCAUCAGACUUCUAUAUCCUUCAGAAAUGAUUAUAACUAACUUGUUACAACAGGAUUCAAAAUUGAGAUUCCCUGAUUGCACACCAAGUAUGAUGGCAGCAUCCACCAUAUUACACUAUGUGAAACCCCGAUGAAUGCUUAUCAUUUACUUGGGGAAAAUUGGUGUCCAAUUGUUGAUAUUAUGUUGGUAAUAAAAUCUUUUUGCCUCUGAA